UUGAACACAGGCAUGGAGGACAAAGAUGAAGAGGGGAGCUGCAGUAUUUACCCCUCGACCCUGCUUCCACUCGGCAGUGGGAUCAAGGACACCAUGGAGAAGUUUUUGGCAGAAAGGACCGAAGCCAAUAUGUGGACAGCCGUGCUGAUCGGAGCUGUGUCGAUGAUUUCUUUCGUUGGAGUCGUUGUGUUCCUUCUUUACAGACGAUACAAACUGUCAAAGGAGAAGGCCGGGGUUCCCCACUAUCGCUUUCGCAAGAGGGAUAAGGUGAUGUUCUACGGCAGAAAGAUCAUGAGGAAGGUCCAGACACUGUCCUCUGCCCCUGCCUCAAAUUCAAACUCAGCUUCACGGCAGAGAGUGAGGAAGAGGACCAAAGUCCUCUCUAUUGCCCGCAAGAUCCUGCGCAUCCGGAGAGAACCCCCCACCCUGCAGCCCAAGGAGCCCCCACCCUGUCUUCUGGAGGCUGACCUGACGGAGUUCGACGUGCAGAACUCCCAUCUGCCCUCAGAGGUGUUGUACAUGCUGAAAAAUGUAAGGGUGCUCGGCCAUUUUGAAAAGCCUCUUUUCCUGGAGCUGUGUCGCCACAUGCUGCUGGUCCCGCUGCACCAGGGCGAGGCGCUCUUCAGACCGGGCGACACCGACGACAGUAUUUACGUGGUUCAAGAUGGCCGCCUGGAGCUGUGCAUCCACGAGAGUGAUGGAACAGACGCUGUGGUGAAGGAAGUGUUACCAGGAGACAGUGUUCACAGUUUGCUCAGCAUCAUGGACAUAAUAACUGGCUAUCCAGCGCCUUACAAAACUGUCUCUGCAAGAGCUGCCGUUCCCUCCACUGUCCUGCGUCUUCCAGCUGCAGCCUUUCAGUCAGUGUUUGAAAAAUAUCCUGAAACUCUGGUCCGUGUCAUACAGAUAAUCAUGGUGCGUCUACAGAGAGUGACCUUCCUUGCCUUACACAACUACCUCGGCCUGACCACGGAGCUCUUCAACCCGGAGAGCCAAGCCAUCUCACUGGUGUCGGUGGCCCAUGUUCUGGGUGAUGGUCAUCCACACAGAGGCCUCCGUAGGCAGCCUUCCCACUCUGAUGAUCAGGGCUCUGAGAAAUCAGACACAGAAAAGUCCGGCCUCUCUGAAGUGCCCACAUCCAAGUACACAAAGUCUCGCUCCCUCUCCACCCCAAUGGCUGUGACAGGUAAUGUGUCAGAUGACCUCAACAGAGUGUAUGAAAGGGCUCGGGUAGCCAAAGAGGAAACGGUGUCACAAAGUCCUGUGAAGUCUAUAUUAAAGAAGAGUGUCACGAUGCUGCACACUCCAUCUGCUGUUUAUCACUACAGUGAAGCUGGAGGAGGAAACGUCAACCAUAAUAAAGUCAAUGCAAUUUUCCAAGCAGCUAAAAAGGAUCUGCUGCAAGUCAUCCCCUUACAGAACCCCAGCCUGCUGGAGGGGAGGGUGAAUCUGCGACAGGUCAAAGCCGGCACUGCUGUAGGCAACCAGGGAGACCAGGAUGUGAGCAUUGCGUUCGUCAUCUCGGGGUUACUCCACGUCUACCAGCGUAUGAUCGACCGUGAGGAGGACACCCUGCUGUUUGUCACCCACCCGGGGGAGAUGGUGGGUCACCUGGCUGUUCUCACGGGAGAGCCCCUGAUUUUCAGUGUCCGCGCUCAGAGAGACUGCACCUUCCUCUCCAUAUCUAAGGCUCACUUCUACGAGAUAAUGCGCGAGGAGCCCAGGGUGGUGUUGAACGUAGCUCACACUGUGGUGAGGAGGGUUUCACCAUUCGUCAGGCAGAUUGACUUUGCUCUGGACUGGAUGGCUGUGGAGGCUGGACGGGCGGUCUACAGACAGGGAGACAAGUCCGACAGCACCUUCAUUGUCCUCAGUGGCCGUCUGCGUUCUGUCAUUGCAAAGGAUGAUGGGAAGAAGGAGCUGGCUGGAGAGUAUGGCCGUGGGGAUCUUAUCGGUGUUGUUGAAGCCCUGACCCAUAUGAACCGAGCCACCACAGUCCACGCUGUCAGGGACUCGGAGCUGGCCAAGCUUCCUGAAGGAGCUCUGAACUCCAUCAAGAGGAGGUACCCUCAGGUUGUUACCAGGCUCAUUCAUCUGCUCGGACAGAAGAUCCUGGGAAACAUGCAGCAGGUCAAUGGACCUCUGGCUGCUCGUAGUCUGGGUCUCCACACCCCUACCAGUAAGUGGGAUGCUGGGAAUCCAGCCUCCAACCUGUCCACUGUGGCCAUCCUGCCAGUGUCUGAGGAUGUUCCCCUCACUGCCUUCACUCUGGAGCUGCAGCACGCGCUCAGUGGAAUUGGUACGAACACACACACACACUGUGCCGACUGUCCUUUAAAAUGUUACAUGAAGUAUCAUGAUUUCCAAGCCCUAUUCAAACUGUCAAGCUCCUGCUGUGCAACGCUGAAACACAAC